CCCGGCUCUCUGACUCUCCAGUAAGAGACCCUCUCCUGUGGUUCUUGCACUUCUCUGGUCUCCCCAGGGGUUCCACAAGUCACACUUGCACUGCGAUGUUUUCCCCCUAGCACAGUUCGCUUUCUUCCGGUGGCGCAGCUCGCGCAGAGCAGGGGCACCAGCCGCACCUAGGUCCAGGGAUCCGGGACCCCGCUUCCCACCGGGACCCGGGCAACGCUGCCCGGCGCCGGAAGCCUCUGCGCCGCCCCUUCCCCGCGCCGCUGGCCUUAUCUCCGCGCACAGGGGCCUCCAGGGAGUGGCGGGCGCCUGGAGGGAACCAGCGGCAUGGGCCCGGGGCCCCGGGACACGCGCCACUCGCCAGGCUGCGGGUCGCAGCGGCUGCUGUGGCUCGUGCUGCUGCUCAGCCUAGCCCGCGGCGUCAGCGGAGAGCCGGGCACAGACGAUUUAGAUGUCUGUGCCACUUGCCAUGAACAUGCGACAUGCCAGCAAAAGGAAGGCAAGAGGAUCUGCAUUUGCAACUAUGGGUUUUGGGGCAACGGGAGGACACGGUGUGUUGACAAAGAUGAGUGCCAGUUUGGAGCCACCGUGAUCUGCGGGGACCACACAUCCUGCCACAACACACCCGGAGGGUUCUACUGCAUUUGCCAUGCCGGCUAUCGGGCCACAAACAACAAGGAGACGUUCAUCCCCAAUGACGGCACUUUCUGUGCAGACAUCGAUGAAUGUGAAGAUUCUGGCCUGUGCAGGCAUGGAGGCCGGUGUCUCAAUACUCCUGGGAGCUUUGAAUGCUACUGCAUGGAAGGGUAUGUGGCAAAGAACGGGCCUGAGCCUUUCCACCCACGCACGGAUGCCACAUCAUGCACAGAAAUAGACUGUGGCAUCCCUCCUGAAGUUCCUGAGGGCUACAUCGUGGGAAGCUACAGCUCCACACUGGGCAGCCAGGCCCAUUACCGCUGCAAACCAGGGUUCCUCAGCGUCUCAGGAGACAGAGUUUCACGAUGCACAGCCCUGGGCGUGUGGGAACCUCCCAACUUACAUUGCCAAGAGAUCAGCUGUGGCAGUCCCCCUGAAGUUCAGAAUGCCAUCUUGGUGGGGAAUCGCAGCACCAGCCAGGGGAGUGUGGCUCACUAUGACUGUCAGGAGGGCUUUGAGAGUCCUAGAGGAGAGAUCAUUUCUGUUUGCACAGAGAAAGGCUCCUGGAGUGAAGUCACUUACGCAUGCACAGAAAUAAUGAUAGAAAUUCAUGAUGCGUCCAUGUUUAAUGACACCUGUGUGAGAUGGCAAAUGAGCCCAGAGAGAGCGAAUCCCAGGAUCAUGUACUUGAUACACAUUGAAAGACAGCAGCCAGAUGCUGUGGGAUCAGUUUAUGAGGAGACAAUCAAUGUGACCACAGACAGCAGGACCCCAGAAGUGUGCCUGCACCUCCAACAAGGAGCCAAUUACACCAUGAACAUUUCUGCAGCCCCUCCCAGGCGCUCUGUGCCUGCCAUCCUUGGCUUCCAGACGGCUGAAGAUGGUCUCUUAGAAGAUGAUGGAAUUUUCAAUAUUUCAGUAUUUAAUGAAACUUGUUUGAAGUUGAGCAGGCAUUCUAGGCGAGUUGGAUCAGAACAAAUAUACCAAGUGGAGGUUCUGGGUCAGAGGUGGUAUCUAGCGAGCGUCUACCAUGCUGAGCUCUUCAACGUCACAACGAGAGACCGAGCUCAUGAAGUGUGUUUAGAUCUGCACCCCGCUACUGAUUACACAAUAAACAUCACCCUUCUGAGACCCACUGAGCUGCGCUCCACACAAAUAACCCUAACAACCUCGGCGGCAGCAAAACAGACCAUCGCUAAUAUUUCAGUGUAUAAUGACACCUGCCUAAGAUGGAGCAGCCUGAAGACAGCCGAUUUACUAGAGAUGUACUUAUUCCACAUUUGGGGCCAGAGAUGGUAUCAAAAGGCAUUUGUUCAGGAAAUGGUCUUCAAUACGACCAGCCGCAGCCAGGACCCUGAGAUAUGCCUGGACCUGCAUCGAGGCACCAGGUACAAUGUUAGCCUUCAGGCUUUGUCUUCGGCACUUCCUGUGGUCAUCUACCUGACAACCCAGAUAACAGAGCCCCUACUUCCAGAAGUAGACUUUUUCACUGUGCGUGGAAGGCCUCUGCCACGCUUCAGGCUGAGGAAAGCCAAGGAGAUAAAUGGACCUAUCAGUUCAUAUCAGGUGUUGGUCCUUCCCCUGUCCUUGCAAAGCACAUUUUCUUGUGAUUCUGAAGGCAUGACUUCAUUCUUUGGCAACACUUCUCCUGCUGAUGGAUAUGUGACUGCAGAAAUCCUGGCCAGUGAUGUUGCAGAUGACACGUUGGAGAUAUCUAUUGGAGACAGGCUGUACUAUGGGAAAUAUUACAAUGCACCUUUGAAAACAGGAAAUGAAUACUGCAUUCUAUUAAGGAUUGCAAGUGAAUGGAAUAAGGUGAGAAGAUAUUCCUGUGCUGUCUGGGCUGAGGUAAAAGACUCAUUGCUCACAGCACAGCAGAUGGUGGGCGUUGGACUGGGCUCCGUGGCUUUUGUGACCAUUCUUGCGUUCCUCUCCUUCUCAGCAGUGUGAUGGCUGAUGGGCUCAGCAUGGGAAGACUGACUUGAUGAUGCACAGAUGUUCUGAUAGCUUCUCAGGCCCGUCUACGGUGUGAAUCCCAUCCUAAGCCCUUGUGGAGGGCUGAAACUUUCUCCAACCCAGCAUGACAUCAUUCCUGAAUUCAAGAUGGCACUCAUCUCUGUGGAAUCUUAAAACAUGGGAGCAGUUUAUGUGUGCUUCAUGCUUUCUGGAUCAGUUGUAUAUCUGUGAACUUAAGACUCAUGUCCAAUGUAAUACCACAGGCUAUAGACUCCGUGAGUCAGCCCCUGUUUAUGCUGGAUGUGGAGAGGCCACAGACCCUGUGAGUUAGGUUCCAUAGACAUUGAAAGUGGAACGUCUGCCUCUUCCUUUAAUUACUUCAUCUAUUAAUUAUUUCAGGAUCUAUUCUUCUCACUAGGUAAUGAGAUGGGCUUAAGUCUGGGCUGGAAUUUAUGAAGGAGAUCACUGGAUAAAAAACACUGAUUUGAAUAAAUGUUUCAAGCAUUUUAGGAUUAGCUCCUGGUCUAUACACCAGAAAGUACAAUAGCCUGGCUGCUCUCUCAGGUUCUCUUCAUGGCUUUGAUACAAUUCCAGUUGUUUGUAUGAGACCAAAAGUGAUGUCUGCUUUCCAGAAAGAAACCCAUUCUGUAAUUUCUUCCCCAUUCUUCUUUUUGGUCCCCCUUUUUCUUACCCAUUAUCUGUAAAAUUGUUCUCUGCCUCCCUUGAGAUAUUUGGGUUUGGUGGUAAUGUAGGGACAAUAGGCUGAAGCAGCAUGCAGUUCAAGGCCAGCAUCUACAUGAAUUUGGGGGGAUAAGGAACCACAGUGAUUGACAUACUCUACCUCGACCCCAGUAACCAUGACUGAGACUGUGCCUUGGCCCAUGAAACAUCAGCUGCAGGCAGGGCUGGCCUACUGUCCAUGUGGCUAUACAGGUGCCUUUGACACUCCUCUGUAAAAAGGGAAUAUGUAGAGUGUAUUAAGUUUGACUUUUCAAACCUUUGGGUAUUCCUCAACUUUUUCUCUUAAGACAGCUCAAUUCCAAGGCUGGGAUUUCUCUCUUCUCACUCCCUCCCUUGCUAGACAUACCCAAGAGCACAGGGGAAGGAAAGGGAUGUGACUACAACCUCAGGGUGGGACCCAGAAGAGUGUGGAUCUAGAGCUGUGCACCAGCGGGGCCAUGGCUGGCGUGUUCUCUGCUUGAUUGUGGGGUGUCUGUUGGGGACCUGGUGCUAUGAUAUAUAUGUGAUUUGUCUCCACAAAUACCCUUGGUGAAAUUUGAUUAGAGUGGGACCUUGACAAGCUCAAUUGAAUGUCUGGAGGCACUGGUUCCUUCCUUAUAGGACUGGCUUAGUUACCUCAAGAGCAUGUGGUACCUCUGAGGCCAUCCUUCCUUCUGCAUUCACUGUGCUUUGAAGCAUUGAGAAACCCUCAUCAGAAGUCGAGAAGAUGCCUGUGCCACGCUCUUGGGCUUCCCAGGCUCCUGAACCAUGAGCUCAAGUUAUCAGCUUCUUUGUUCCUUUGAAAUCACUGAUGCUUAGAUACUCAAACACCAUCACGCUGUCCAUAAAGCCACCCCAACCUGGUGGAGUUCCGGCAAGUGUUCUCCUCAACUGCAGAGGGAGGCAGUGACCUUGAAGGAAGCUGCUGGCCCUUGCUAGUAACAGAGACCUCUGUCCUUUGAGUACGUAAUCAUAGAUAGCAACUUAGGACCAAUAUGUCUACAGCAUUCUAGAAUAACUGUCCAAAUUACACACAUGGUGACUUAACAUAAUUACCACUGAAAGGAAGAAAUCUCACGUGUUUAAUAUAUAUUUAAGAAACCAACUUGGGUUCAAUAACUAAUGUACUAAUGAAAUGUUAAGUAAACUAUCAGCCUGUACAGUGUAGAAAUGCAAAAAGAGUUCAUCCACAGCUGUAAAAAUAGCAAAUACACAAACGUCAUUUCCUCUGAUUGUUCCAA